ACAAUAACCUAUUUUCUCUGCUUCCCACUGUCUUAAAGUAAAACAAUUACCUAAAAUAAGCCCAAAAAUUCAAACGUCUAUCAAUAGUUACGGGGAUCUUUUGGAGGAGUCAUCAGCAAAAGUUCGGAUAGUUUACAACUGUCGCCCUACCCCCUCCCCGAGAGUGAAUUUAAUCACCCCCACGCCGUUUUGGCUUCGUUUCUUCUGUGAUGCUUUGUCUUGUUGGAAAAUUGCGUUACAAUCCAAAGGAAAAGUAAAGAAAGAUUGCUGUAUAAGUUAUGCUGGUUUCGAAACUAACGCAGAGACUCAUUUGGACGAUAUGAUAGUUGACUGAUGCUUGCUUUGAUGCUUGGGGCUAGUUUACCAUUCUCAUUCUUCAAUCAUUCCUCCGGUGACUUCAUCAUGAUGCCAUCAUCUGAUCAGCUCAUUCUGGUUGUAAUCAUCAUCACCUUUAGCGUGCCGCAUAGUCAAAGUAUAAACCUCAGUGAUGAAGCUUUAAAACUAGUCCAGGAAAUCAUAAGCGAUUUCAACAACAACCCAACUGAUGGAAAAUUCGAUAGUGUGAUUGUUCUACCAUCCGGAAAGUCAGCUAUCCUUCCAAAAGUUUUUAUAUGGUGUCCUGUCCAACACUUCAACCUGCCGCUAGUUUGCCCGGUACACAAGAUCCCAUUCUUUGUCUCCCCCUUUGGAAAAGCCAGUAAAGCAAAUCUUAGAAUGGUUUAUGAUAUUGGUGGUAACGUGGUUGUUGUGCAGUCUGUUUAUAGGUGUCCAAAACCUUUUGGAUCUCUCAAGAUGCACAAGUAUCUAUCUGCAGCUCCGGAAGUACUGGAAACUCUUGCGCCAGAAAUUGUAUUAAGGCUGCCACUUUCCUUACACCAUAAGAGCGGAUUUUCUAGUGCAUUAAUAGACUACUUGAUUGUGCACAUUUGCCAAGGUCAAACUAUGCAAGAGAUAGCAGAAGGAAUAGGUUCCUUGCACUUUAGGGAAUUUGUCCGAAGAAGUGCCAUUGUAAUCGGAGAAGUAUUAGAUAAUUUCCACACUAACCCGUUGUACUCAUUCCCGAGUAAUGACAAACUUAUGCACGUCUUCUUGUGGUAUUUUCGCCAAAAGAAGGCUUCGUACAGAGCCCAUACAGAAACUCUCAGCGGAACAACUAUUGUCUGUGACAGCUCGUUCUCUCUCGGCAAGAGAGUCACCAUCAAGGGUCCUGACGACAAGACGACGGACGGUUCAGAGAUGAGCUUUGAUGGGAUGUUCAUAGCCCUUAAUGAGCAAGGGCAAAUAAUCGAGUGGAAGUUAGACAAGUUCAUGCCUUUCGAACACAAGUUACAGGCAUUAAAGCAGGUCAAAGAACGUCUUGAGAAACGUGGAAAUGAAAUAUCCAUUAUCUUAGACCCGAACUGUUGUCAAAGUCGAACAAAGUACAACGCUCUUUUUCCAGACGUUCAGAUCAAGAUGGGUAUCGUGCACGCCCUACAGAAAGUUGCCAAGUGUCUACCUAAGGAACACCCCGACACACUGGUAUUCCUGCACAAGUUCAACCAGAUCUUUAAUGAAGACUCUGUAAACAAUGCCCGAAGUGAACCUACCCCGUCACCAGAUGUAAUAGAGGCGAAUCUCAACGUCCUACUUCAUAAUUUGAAAGGAACACUUUCUGAGGAAUUACGCCACGUGCUAGACGACUUGCGAUUACAUAUUCGAUUGGGUUGCCUAUCUGGGGUACCCGCAGGAGAGGGUACCGAAAAGAUCGAGAACUUGCACCGGUUUAUGCAAAAGUCAUAUCUGUCCAAUUUGACUGUCAUAACUCCAGAAAUGGCAAUAGCCGUUCUAACCUGUCUGUUUUAUACAUGGAACUCUAAGAAGUCUAUCCAGAGCUUUUACAAAGGUAAAGGCCACAAACCGUUACCAUUAGUGCCUGUGGAAGAGUUCGAAGUGAUCUCCAGUAAAAAGUCUCAAGCUACGCCGCUUGACGAAGAGGAGAAAGACAAGAAUAAGGCGGAAAUGGUUAUACAGACAACCGAUGGGGGCCCUGACUCACCCGUGCUUGUGAUAACAGCCGAUGUAAUCAAAUACAUGAUUUCAAGGCUGAUCCACAUUGGAGAACUCGUGCAAAUGAUCCGAUACAAGUUCAAGAACAAAGCGUUUGAAGUUGUCAACUUCCCAAUCUUUUCAUCUCAUCGCUGCCAUACAGUAGAGUUAAAUGCGAAUCCUCCAGACAGCCCCGAGAAAGAGAAGAACGCAAGCACUCUCAGACAAAAUCUAUUAGACUUCGGUCUGGAGAUUGACAAAGUCCCAGGUGAUGGAAACUGUUUGUUUGGGAGUCUUGUUCUUCAGGUGAGUAAGGCGUCCCAGUCUUGUGCCGAUCUUUCCAAUCACUUGAAGAGUAUUGGACUAGGAAAGGCCCUUGAAGACGACGUUAAAAGGCUCAGAGAAGCAUGCGUCCAGGAGUUGCAUACUAACUUGACUACAUACAAGGAAUGGAUAGGAAUUGGCGACAAGGAGCUCAAAGGUGAACUGGAAAAGUUUAAGGCUGACGGAUUCUUCGCAAGUGACAUCGGUGAUCUCUGUAUCAAGGCGUGCGUCAAUGUAUUGCAAGUGCCGGUGAUAGUGGUGACGUCAUUACCCAACUCUCCAUAUUACCCAUUUCUCCCCGUCAAGUUCACCACAGCUCACCCAGUGUACGUGGCGUUUAACCAUAGCUCACCUGGCCAUUACGAUGGGACAAAAGAGCACCAGUAUGGAAUCCCUGGCCAGCAAAGAAAAAAGUGUAACUGCGGGAAGAACGCUGGCUCCAACAGUCCAGUUUGUGCGGUGGGAGAGCUGUCCCACUGCCCGUGCGCGAAAGCUGGUCUCAAGUGCCUCCCGUUUUGCCGCUGCUCAAAGCUUCUCUGCUCUAACAAGGCCCAAGCCGAAGACGUUAGCUGCUCGUGUGGUAUCACGUCCGGUUCAAAGAAGGAUUUCGUAGCCUGCUCCAAGACCGCCACUAGAGGUCGCUGUCCAUGCAUUAAAGCAGGCUUCCCCUGCACAUCAAAGUGCGCGUGUGGGAGUUGUGGAAACGACAAACCCGUUGAUGAAACAGUGGAAGAACCAGAAGAGCCAGCGGAUCCGUCUGCCGCGUCACCCGCAAGAAAACGCCGCAAGCGUAGCUCAUUUGCGCUAGGUGCAUGGGGAGGCAAGACGGAUACUGCCUUGAAGUCUGAGAAUUCUGUCCCAGGGUCGGAUUCUUGGACCGAUCUGGAAGUCAUCUGCAUCAUGGUAUGUCGGGAAGUGUUGGAGGGCUGUAAAGUGGAGGCGAGCGUGCAUAAUAUAAGCCAGAUUUACCGCUACCUGGCCAGCUCCCCAAACCUGGAAACGCUUGGUUUGAAAAUCACAACUAAAGAUGACACCCAGAUCCUGGCAAAACUACUCACCUUGCAAGCUGGUCAACAAAUCGUUGACCUUCUCUGAUUCAUUUGGUGAUUGAUGCCAGUGCGUGCUAACGGGUGAACAAAACGUUGGCCUUCUCUGAUUCAUUUUGUUGAUUGAAACAGUGAUUGAUGUCAGUGCGUGCUAGCUGAUGGACAAAUUGUUGGCCUUCUCUGAUUCAUUUUGUCGAUUUGAACAGUGAUUGAUGUCAGUGCGUGCUAGCUGAUGGACAAAUUGUUGGCCUUCUCUGAUUCAUUCAGUUGAUUUGAGCAAGUGAACAAAUCGUUUACAUUAUCUGAUUAAUUUAUCGGAGCAAGUUCUUUAAGGCUUGGGAGCUGUUAACUAGGGAAAUUGCAAACAAGCCUUGCCAAUACGAUAUUUGUGAUAUUUUUUUAAUUAUUUGACGGUUGGUGUUCAUAUUACGAAGAGCUGUAACUAUUGAUUAGACAAUCACCUGAACUAGUUGAUUCUAUGAAGUCACUCUUAUUUACUCCCCGUGUUUUCUGUGCGGUCAAGUAUUUUUUUUUGAAGACCAAGUAAGGGGCUUAGCCAGAGCAGAUCCCAGGACUCUUCCAAUUGUCGUAUAAUAGGACCGUUUUUCCUCUUUUAGAAAGUAUUGUCUUUCUGUAGAAUGGAAGUCCCUGUACUAAGCCCCCUGGCUAAGCCCCUACGCUAUAGCAAAGCAUCCGUUCAUCCAUUACACACAUGCACAAAAAGCAUUUUACACUCACCCUUUAUAGGUAUUCUUAUAGGUUUAUUGUGUAGCAUCUUUAUUAAACGUGUCUUUUUAGAA